GUGUGUGUGUGCGCGCGCGUCUGCGUGUGUGUGUGUAAGUAAGUGUGCGCGCGCGGCUUCGCCCGGCUCCGUACUGAGACCUGACCGGCUCUGACUCUCUCUCACGCCGCAGGUCGUUCUAGGACGCACCGGUCCUCCGAUUCCGGACUCUCUUGAAAUCGGACACAAUAAGGAGACUUUUUGAGCGCUAUUUACUUCCCGCGGGUUUCCGAGAUUCUUACAGACACACUGUUCAGCGCUCGUUAAUCCUGGCAGGACAGAAGGAUACCAGCUCUGUCCGGCUGCACUGGUGUAAACCUCACUGGAGAGGACCCAGAUACCAGACAUCGAGGAGUCUGUAAGCAACGUGGGAAUGAUGUUUAGGCCCUGAUCCGGAGCAGUAUGUCAGACGUUUGUGUGUCCUAUCCAGGGUACAUACCAAGCUACCUGGACAAGGACGAACUUUGUGUAGUGUGUGGGGACAAAGCAACAGGGUACCACUACCGGUGUAUCACCUGUGAGGGCUGCAAGGGUUUUUUCAGGCGUACGAUCCAGAAGAACCUGAACCCGACCUAUGCAUGUAAAUACGAGGGGAAGUGUGUAAUCGACAAAGUCACACGGAACCAGUGCCAGGAAUGCCGCUUCAAGAAAUGCAUUGCUGUUGGAAUGGCGACCGACUUGGUGCUGGAUGACAGCAAGCGUAUAGCCAAACGGAAGCUGAUCGAGGAGAACCGGGAGCGGCGGAAGCGUGAGGAACAGCAGAAGAUGGUGUGGGAGCGACCUGAGCCGACGCAGGAGGAAUGGGAGCUGAUCCGCGUAGUCACUGAGGCCCACAUGACCACCAAUGCCCAGGGCAACCACUGGAAACAGAAGCGCAAAUUCUUGGUCGAGGAAGCAAUGCUACUUAAUGAAAUAACUUGUAAUUUAUUCUAUACUUCUGACCAGAGUGCAGUGGGGGUGAAGGAAACCAAGGCUGAAGACAUAGGUCAGGGGACGAUCGUCAGCACACCGGAGGGCAGCAAGGUGGACAUCGAAGCCUUCAGUCAGUUUACAAAAAUCAUCACCCCGGCCAUCACCCGAGUGGUGGACUUCGCCAAGAAGCUGCCUAUGUUCUGUGAGCUGCCUUGUGAAGAUCAGAUCAUCCUGCUGAAAGGCUGCUGUAUGGAGAUCAUGUCUCUGCGUGCGGCCGUGCGUUAUGACCCCGAGAGCGAGACGCUCACGCUCAAUGGCGAGAUGGCCGUGACUCGCGGCCAGCUAAAGAAUGGCGGCCUGGGUGUGGUCUCGGAUGCCAUCUUUGAUCUUGGGGUCUCUCUUUCCUCCUUCAACCUGGAUGACUCGGAGGUGGCGCUGCUACAAGCCGUCAUUCUGCUCUCUUCGGAUCGUCCAGGACUGACGAGCGUGGACCGGAUCGAGCGCUGCCAGGAGGAGUUCCUGCUGGCCUUCGAGCACUAUGUCAACUAUCGCAAGCACAAGGUGGCGCACUUCUGGCCCAAGCUGCUGAUGAAGGUGACAGACCUGCGCAUGAUCGGCGCAUGCCACGCCAGCCGCUUCCUGCACAUGAAGGUGGAGUGUCCCACCGAGCUGUUUCCUCCCCUCUUCCUUGAGGUGUUUGAGGACUGACCAAGCCCGCCCAUCCUCAUGUGACCCCAUCCACAGCCCUCUUCGGACACAUUCGACGAGCUCCGUUUUCUCACUACUGAGUGCCGUUGCAUUCCACAGAUUUAAAGUAGCUCUCGGCCCUCAUUUCUAGACGGACCAUUCCUUUUUCAAUGCGGGUACAUGUGAAUAGCAUUUUUUUUUCUUUCUCUCUUUCUCUCUGUCUUGUAUAUUGUUGUUCUCAGUUACCCAAGGUGUAUUUUUGUUGUACAGAUUUGUGAGUGAGUAUAUCGACUAGUUGCUGGCAUUGGCUCAUCACGCACCAGGUUGUGUGAUCUAUGCAUUUGUAUCAUGCAACAUUCCACAUCUAGUAGAAGUCAGAUCUAUGUCCCGCUCGGGGAAAGAAAAAGAAAAACCCACACACAAAUGAACCUCUGCUCCUUAAAGUUUUCACACUACUUACUGAAAGCAGAUCGAGAAAAUGAUUUGAGAAAAUAGUUUCGCUCUUCACAGGUUUACACACACAAAAAUGAGUUCUCAUGUACUGUUCACAAAACAUCAGAACGUGGGAAGGAUGUGAUGUAAGGGGUAUUGAGAGUCAUUUCCAACAAACCUACCACAGAUCAAAGCAUACAGUCGCUGAUCUAGACGCCAAAAUUUGCUUUUGUUGAAGAUUGCCACUGUUUAGGUGCCAAAAUGUGCUCCCAAAGGCGUGUUCUAGCCCAUUUCAUGCCCACCCAACUUCAGAUCCUUCACUCUACCGGACUGUCUGUGACUGUCUCUCUUACCUCGUAGGAACUUUUAUCUGUUUUGUAUAUUUUCACAAGUUAGACAAAGGUGAUGCCUCAGCUCGGACUUGUUGGUGCUAUGAGUUUGUCUAUUUAUACCUCUUUUCAGUCAGAAUUUGGAUGAUUCAUACACACACACACACACAUACACACAGAUCAGUGAGUGCUGAGGCAGAAACAGCCCACUGCAUCAUUACACAACGUGACCUCUGAGGUAUAGAGGAUGUCAAGGAGACUCUUUUUCUUUCUUUCACUUUUUUUUUGUUAUGUUCUUUGUUUUUCCUAGGUGACAUCUUACUCUGACAUCAUCCUCUGACAUAAUAUUGUACUGCGAAACACUUUUCACAUCACAUACCUCUACCAUUCAUUAAGAGAUAAUGAAAACUGGUCAUUUUGUAUAAAAAGAAAAAACUAAGCGAAACAAAAAACACAAAAAAACAAACAAAAAAAAAAUCAACCGCAACAAUUUGCCUCAAGCUUGAUUUUGUCUGUAAAAAGUGAUGCCUUUCGUAAGCAAUGAUUUGCUCCAGUGUUUUGGCUUAUUUAUGACUACACACACACACACACACACACACACACACACACACACACACACACACACACACACACACUCGCAUUAGUAUGUGCACACAAUGCACAGACUCAGAGGAAAUGCACAGACAAUCAGGAUGUGAGGUGAGGCACAGAGAGAAAGGUGUAACAGAGAUGUUCAGCUGGAAUUCAAUAAAUACAUCAUUCAGAAAUAUUAGUGCUGCUAACAGUGAAUGCACUCGUGUAGCCACCUGCUAGCAUUAUGCAAAUGACAUCAUGCUAAUAGGUCAUAACCAUUCACCGUUAGCCACGUUAGCAUGAUUGUAUCAACACUUCCAUUAAGGUCAUGUAUUAAACCCUCACGCUCACAUAGAACCAUACUAGAUAGUGUGUCGAAACAGAAGGACAACAAAGGCGGUCUACUAUUUUUACUCACUAAGAAUGGUAGUAUGUGGUUUGAGACUGAGCCAAAUGUCAUCCCAGGUUGCAGAUCCACCUAUCUGUAUGGAGAGAGGGAGAGAAAGAGAGAUGUCCGUUUACAGAGUUUCAGUGAAAAGGAAAAUGAAAAUGCAUUAUUUUACAGUAUAAAAAUUGUAUAUUUUCUGCAGAUAUUUUUACAGGUUUGCGUACAAUGAGAACUUUCCCCAGUUCACCAUCAACGAUAAUAAUGUUCUGUUCUCAGAAGCCUAACAAAAUCUCUUGCUGUCGAUACGGUGGUUAAAUAUAUGUUAGAGUUAUCGGUUAAUUCCUUCCAGUGUUAUGGCUCACUAUCCCAAAAAGAAUGAGAAGGUUAGCAUCAGAAAGCAACUCAUCCUGAACGAAUGGCCCAGAACAGAGGUGUGUAUCGGGACUGGGUUCCCCCAGGGGGGAUAGGAAAAAAAUAAAGGCCAUGAUCUUUAACAAAGAAGUGUAUUUUUAUCACAUUUAUCACGUUUGUUUGUCCAUCCCUCAGCGAAUGUUUUAUUGUGGUCCAGUUUAAAAAUACGGUCAUAAAGCAGUCGGGUUUGAUCCAGAUUUCUGCCAGAUUUUUCAAACUAUAUUUUGGAGGGGCCAUGGCCGGUUGGAUUAAGCAGGAUUAGUCAAACUUUCCGUAUCUGCAGGUGGGAUUAGUCAUGAUUUUUCUGCAGGAACAGAGGGAUUAGUCAGACUUUCUACAAGAGUAGGUGGGUGGGACUGGUCUUUUUUUGAGCAGGGGGAUUAGUUGUUGAUUUGGUAGUAGAAGGUGGGAUUGGUCCUGUCGGAGUGGGGGAUUAGUCAUACCGCAGGAGCAGGCAGGAUCUGUCAAACGUUUUGCAAGAGCAGGUCAAAAUCUCUGCACGAGUAGGUAGGAUUGGUCAAAUAUUCCUGCAGGAGUGAAUGGGAUUAGUCCCAUUUUCGGCAGGAGUGGGCAUAUCUAGUCAGUGCUGCUGGUCAAACUUUCUGCACGAGGUGGUGAAAUUACUCAAACUUUCAGCAGGCACAAGUGCAAUUGGUCAAUCGUACUUCAGGAGAGGCCAGAAUUAGUCAAACGUUUUGUGGGCAUGGGAUUAGUAAACCUUUUUGCAGGACUGGGUGAGCAGGCAGGAUUAGACAGACUUUCUGUAGGAGCAAGUGGGAAUAGUUAGAUUUUCUGCAUGACUGGGGGUUAGUCAUACAGAAAGAGCAGGCAGGGUUUGUCAAAAAUAGAAGCAGAUGGGUUUAGUCGAACUUUCUCUAAGAGUAGGCAGGGUUGGUCAAACUUUCUGUAGGAGCUUGUGGGAUUGGUCAGAAUCUGUUUGGGGUGGGAUUAACAACAGUCCCACGCACACCUCUACCCCAAUAAUCCUAAUCGUUUAUAAUAAAGUAUAGCACUUACCUCCCUCUUCAACUGUCUAAACUCAGGAGGGGUACCUUUAAUAACAGUAAUGCAUUCUGUGUAUCCUGUGUCUUUUUGUUUUGGCAACAAAUUUCAUUUGAUAUGAUGUAGAUGUGUACAGGAUGUACAGUGAGGCUGGUUUAAAAGGCCAACGAGCUAACUAUGGAUUCAAUUUAAAGGAGUGCUACGCUAUUCUGAACAGCGUCACCUAAAUAAGUGUCCGGUGUGAUCCUGGGUAUUGUUCCCUAAAGUGUCUGUUAGCUCACAAACCCAUUGACUUAUAGCUUCACGUUAUAUCCUCCUGUCCAACUGUGAUGUGAACAUGAGUAAGACAAGAGGUGAGUCUAAACAAGGGGUUGAGAAUUUUAAGCAGAAUGUAAUGUGUUGCACAAGGCCACUGUGAGUUAGUGAAGCCUGGUAUUAAAUUGUUUAAGCCAUGAUGAAAUCUGGGUACCCUGGAAGAAAAGUUGCACUAAAGAACACAAUCCUGUAUCUGAUGACUAAUGGUGAAUGUAAAAAUAACAAUAAAGGAACUGAUGACAAAUGAGAACGAUGGCGAUGGUAACAUUUGUUUAAAAUUAACUGGCUCUGGGAAUAAAGAUGGUUUGAGAAAUG